AUGCAGAAUCCGCCAGCCUUUGAACGCCAUAACUUGUAUAUUCUGCCGGAAAAGUUUUUCAUCGAACCGCGAGACCGGGAUGGCGGGCUGGCCUCGUCGAAGUACAUUGAGAUCGACCGCAUUUCGGGGAAUAUCCGAAUUAGAGACCAAAAUGAAGAGCGGAUACGCAUGGCCGAGGCGGAGAUUCGCGUAAUUUUUGGAGUCAUUGGCACCGUGCAGCUGGUGGCAGGCCCUGUCCUGAUCGUCAUCACUCGGGCGCGCCAGGUCGGGAACCUGCUCGGCCAGCAGAUAUGGCAAAUGGAAGCCGCCGAGGUCUUUUCGUACCGCCGGACGACGGCUCAUUUGACGGAGAAACAGGCAUGGUAUGAGCGGCAUUUCCAAGAGCUUCUGGCCCUUGUGCUGUCGAGCCCCGGGUUCUAUUUCGGCUACAACAUUGAUUUGACGCGCUCCCUUCAAUGGUUGAACGAGAAUUCGACGGAGGCUUUCCGCGAGCUGUCCCUGAUCGAGAGGGCUGACCCGAGAUUCGUCUGGAAUGGGUAUCUCUUGGAGCAGCUGCGUUCGAUCAAGGAGGCAGCCCCGUUCUGCUUACCCCUGGUCCACGGGUUUUUCGGUUCUCAGCGUGUGAAUAUCGGAGGGCAGGCCAUCUGGUUGACGCUGAUUUCGCGACGUAGCAUCCAUUCGGCUGGUGUCCGGUUCUACCGCCGCGGUGUCAAUAUCGAUGGGCAUCCGGCGAAUUUCGUCGAGUCCGAGCAGAUUGUACAACCAGCUGGCGCUCCAACCGCUUAUUCAAGUUUUGUCGAGUUGCGUGGUUCGAUCCCUCUCAUCUGGUCACAGCGCCCAAAUCUUCGCUGGCAGCCAUGCCCUCUGUUGAAGCCGGCAGACGAUCAGUUAAUGGCCUAUGUUAAGCAUUUCCAACGGCAGCACGACAUCUACAAUGGUCAGAAGCAAGUCAUCGUUAACCUCGUCAACCAGAAGGGCCGUGAGAAGAAAGUUGGUGGCGAGUUGGAGCGCGUGGCGUUGCAGGCGAAUUUGGGAUACGUCCGUUAUCACGCCUUCGACUUCCAUCGCGAAUGUGGUGCGAUGCAAUGGGAGCGUCUCAGCAUUCUCCGUGAACAGCUUUCCAAGGAGAUUGAGGAAUUCGGUUUCUUCACCUCCUCCGCUACGAAUCCCGCGGCGAAUCGCGUCCAGAAGGGCCUCUUCCGCUCGAAUUGUAUGGAUUGCUUGGACAGGACGAACGUGGUCCAAUCUAUGCUUGCCCGUACGGUACUGCCUGCUCAGCUCUUCUCCCUCGGCAUCAUCAAUUCGCCAUCUUUUGAGGUGCAGCAUAAUGUGGAGCUCGAAGCUGCCUUCAAAAAUUUGUGGGCCGACAACGGCGACCAGUGCAGCAAGCAAUAUGCGGGGACGGGCGCCUUGAAGUCCGAUUACACCCGCCUUGGCCGUCGUACCUACAUGGGAGCGGUGAAUGACGGCGUGAAUUCGAUCACUCGCUACUUCAGGAACAAUUUUGCCGAUGGGCAGCGACAGGACGCUAUCGACCUGUUCCUCGGCAAUUUUCGAGUCGAAUCGACAAACCUGCCGGUCAGCAUCGAAGCUAGCCUAUUUUCGCUGAAUCAACAGGGAAUCGCCCUCCUUGCUGCCGCUGUUGCGAUGAGCAUGACGGUGCUCUGUAUCCUUGUCGCAGAAAACGCUUCGGCGACCCUUUUCUGGAUGUUCGUCUUCUGCCUCUGCAUGGCCUUCAUCGUGCUCAACGGCGAGGACUUUGUCAACACGCCGAAACUGAAGAAAGAU